AUGUCUAACUACAAGCCAAUUGACUUGUCGAAGGAGGACUUUCGCAAGUAUUUGGACAGGCAAGGUGUGUUGGAUGCGGUAACGAAAGUGCUGGUAAAAUGCAACACCGAACGGCCGGAACAUGCGCUUGACUUUGUGGUGGAUACGUUGAACGAAACGCACGGCAACUUGAAAACGCAACUGUUGGAUGCACAUCAGGAGAUCGAACGGCUGAAAAAGGAACUAGGCGCACUGAAGGUGGAGGACAAAACGGUGAAUCCUGCGGCCGUUUCGUCGGUAACAGUUGUGAAGCAAGAUGCAGAAAUCGAUGCGACUGCGGCAACCAAUGGUGGUGUAGAGAUGCCAGCGGGAAACGACGAUAGCGUUGGCGAAGCGGCAGCAUGUGCUGAAGUCAUCGCAAAACAAGAUCGGGACACUGCAGUGCCAUCGACUACGGCUGAGCUUCCCGUACCAAAAGAAACUCCACCAGCAUCGUCCAGCCAGGAAGAAGUUCAGGAGAAUGCAGUGUCCCCUGCUACGGCUGCUUCCCCGAACGAUGCGCCGGACGCCAAGGAACCAAACGCCAGCGAAAGCAGCAAGUAA